UAAACAAAUUGUCGAUCUGAUGAUGAAAUAAUUAAGAGUGUAAGUAUAGGACCGUCUUUUGUUAUGGAUGGGACUUGUUCGAGUCUGGUAUAUACAGAUUAAAUAUCUUCUGACACUUCUAUUUUUAUAUCACUAAGUUUUUUCAUGUGCUUCUUCUUCUCCAUCGAACAUAAACAGAGAAAACAAUCAAUAUGAGCAAUCAUCAAACUUUGACUUUUGUUUUUGGAGAGAAGGAGGUGUUGAAGCAAUUGGAGCCGUGGUGUGAACUUAAAGACAAAGUGGUUCUUGUGACAGGAGCUUCCUCUGGUAUAGGAAGAGAGAUCUGUCUUGAUCUAGGCAAAGCUGGUUGUAAGAUUAUUGCAGUAGCUCGUCGUGUCGAUCGUCUCAACUCUCUCUGCUCUGAAAUCAACAGCUCCAGUUCAACUGGAAUCCAAGCCGCGGCUCUUAAGCUAGACGUUACAUCAGACGCAGCCACCAUUCAAAAAGUGGUUCAGGGAGCUUGGGGAAUCUUUGGAAAGAUCGAUGCGUUGAUCAACAAUGCCGGGAUCAGAGGCAAUGUCAAGUCGAGUUUGGAUUUGUCAAAGGAAGAAUGGGACAACGUCUUCAAGACCAACUUAACGGGACCUUGGUUAGUAUCUAAAUAUGUUUGUGUUCUAAUGCGUGAUGCUAAACUAGGUGGCUCGGUGAUAAACAUCUCAUCGAUUGCCGGGAUUCGCGGUAUAUUGCCCGGUGCACUUGCAUAUGCUUGUUCCAAAAUAGGUGUUGAUACCAUGUCAAAGAUGAUGGCAGUUGAGUUAGGUGUGCACAAGAUCAGAGUGAACUCGAUUGCGCCCGGGAUUUUCAAGUCAGAGAUCACACAAGGUCUUAUGCAAAAGGAGUGGUUCAAGAAUGUGACCGAGAGGACUGUACCAUUAAAGCUGCAACAGACCGUUGAUCCAGGGAUAACUUCUCUCGUACGCUAUCUCAUCCAUGACUCUUCUCAAUAUAUAUCCGGGAAUACAUAUAUUGUUGAUUCCGGAGCUACAUUGCCCGGUGUGCCCAUCUUUUCAUCUCUCUGAAAUUCGAACCUUAUAUGUUCUGCUUGUGUGCAAUAAUAAGUGAAUACAUGUAGGAACAUAUUCCAUGUUUUUCAUUAGUAAUUGCAUUAACUGUAAACCAAUUCUUUUUUUUAUCAAAAAUUUCAUCUGUACAAAAUGGUGGGCCUUUGGGCCCAAUAUAUUUUGAUUCCCUGAUUCUUUUUUUACUUGGUUGAAUUUUGUU